GUCAAUGUAUUUUAACUUUUGACAAUUUGACAUUUAAUACAUGACAGUUUGGUUUAGGAUUCCGAUAGGUUGUUGGUGUAAAUUUUUUUGUAUAAGUUAGUUUUAAUGUAAUAAUUAUAAAAACGUGAAUAAGAAAGUCUCGCGAUUAUCCCCUACAGCAGUACUUGUCCUGUAGAUCAUAAUGAUGGCGGAAGCAGAUGCAACGGUCGAAGCGACCAGAAGAUUAAAUGUAAAGAAACAAACGUUGGAUGAUGCUUAUGCGGCACCAGCUAAUUUUUUAGAGAUCGAUGUCGUUAAUCCUGUUACUACAAUUGGGGUGGGAAAGAAAAGAUUUACAGAUUAUGAAGUUAAAAUGAGAACAAAUCUACCUGUUUUUAAAGUAAACGAAUCCAGUGUACGGCGACGAUACAGUGAUUUUGAAUGGUUAAGGAAUGAAUUGGAAAGAGAUAGUAAAAUUGUUGUGCCUCCUUUACCUGGAAAAGCUUGGAAAAGACAGCUACCUUUUAGAGGAGACGAUGGAAUAUUUGAGGAAGAUUUUAUCGAAGAUAGAAGAAAAGGUUUAGAAGUUUUUAUUAACAAAAUUGCUGGCCAUCCUUUGGCUCAAAAUGAAAGGUGCCUACACAUGUUUCUACAAGAGCCUCAGAUUGAUAGAAACUAUGUACCCGGAAAAAUUCGCAAUACAUAAAUUAACAAAAGCCUAGCUAGAAUUCCAUCCUUGUCUCUACUAUUUUAUUUCUAUUUUAUUUUAUAUGUUAUUUCGUGUGCAUUACUUCUCAUAGUUCUAGUUUGUUUGAAUAUAUUUGUAUAUUUUUCUAAUUAAGACAUUAGAUUUCGGUGGUUAUAUUAUAUCAAAUUAUUUUUAAUAAGUAUAAAAAGUCUGUUAAAUUUAUUGUGAACUGACCUGUUUGGUGUAAAAAAACACUUUGGGAUAUUAAUUAUUCCAUGCUUUAAUUUUUGUAUAAAAUGUAUAAGUACGUAUGUAUAGUUACUGUCAGUUGUAUUUACUCAAAUAAAUUUAUUUAUAUGCA